AUGUCCUCCAACAUGAUUGAGCCAACCUUUGUAUCCCCUUCUGGUGCAUCUCAACCCACCGAACCCGAGACAGCGAAUGGAAAAAUUGGAACUCCAUCCAUUGCACAUGGCCUUGGGCGGGAACCUCCAUUUUUGGACGCUGAAAAGAUGAACGUCAACCCGCGUUUUCACGGCUAUUGGCAACGCCGUUCAAUACCAACUCCAGCAAAGCAACCCGGUCGAAAGUCCAAGUUCUUCGCCGACGGCAAACUCAUCGCGCGCGAGAGCACCUCCACAGCCCAGCAGCCCGUACUCGGAACCCCAUCGUUUGGAACAAGCUCAUCCACUUCUCCUGCUCCCGAAAGCUCUUCUCGUCCACCCUUUGGGGACCCGUUCAAAACGUCGGAGGCAGAACAUCCGUGGAACGCUUAUCAAUGGUAUACUGCGCUGUCGGACAAGCCUGCAGCAUCUAGCGCGUUCUUCUCAGAUAUUUUCACAUCGCCCAAUACGCGGAAUGAUGAGGACAGCAUCCCACAGCGCUCACCAAACCUCGACAUCAGCCACGUGAACUCCAAACCAUCCACGCAAGACAAUCACAGGGCCACAAUCUCCAAAGUGCUUGCACUCCUUGAAGCUGAACAUAAAGAAAGCGUCUCCAAAUCAGACACCGAUGACUUCGACACUGUUAGUCUUCUUUCCGAGUACGAUAUCAUCGAUCCGGUAACUACGAAGUCCAUGGCGGAUUCCUGGGAGGAAGUACCUACACCACCCGAGACUACGUUUGAUGUCGAACCCAUUGACGACUCCGACUGCGACGAUGAAGAUGACGAGUAUUACUCUGAGUCUUACUUCCAGUCUCACUAG